AUGGAUCACUUCAACGCCACCGUUCAUAACGGGGCCCUGGUGUCGACCCGCAAGGGUUUGUAUAUAUCCAAGUCCAAACACCAAGGCACCCGGUUUGUGAAUGCCUUUGCUACCGACGCAUCAUCCUCUACUUCUUCUACUUCUCCCGAGACAACGCCCACUUCAACUCCCAUCCCAUCGGCCAUUGCAACUGACUCUGCUUCUGGUUCCUCCCCACCCUUUGCAGUCACUCCCACGUCUACUGCCGCUACUACUGCCAGUACCACUUCUGCCGCCGCCGAGCACGCCGGUUCGAGCUUCACUGCCGACAUCGCCCAGGCAUCCCAGUUUUUCACUGACCUCGAGGUCGACGGGGAGAUUGGUGACUCCUUCGACGUAGACAUGGGCGGGUCAACCAUCGAACGGAGGCCCGGGUACGAGGGCAGCGACCGACCGCACUUCUUCGACAUUGCCAUCACUCCCCCAGCCGCAAGCUCACCCUCUCCCGGGAGAUCGAGCACCCCGAAUUCCAUAAAGAAUGCUGGGGGUAGCAGGUACGGCAGACCUGACGAGCCAAACACUCCCGUCUCCGUAGACGACGAGCGCAGCGGGCGCAAGGGCUCUACUUCAUCGUCGCAAGGCGUGGGCAGCGUCCCGUCGCUAACCCAGCGGAUCGCCAGCCAAUACCUGAGCAAUCUACCACCUCAGUCGCACAUUUACGAUGCCAUCGCCAUGGUGGCCUCACUGGCGACUGGCGCAUCACGGGGCCGCGAGGUUUCGUCCGAAGAGCUGGGCGCGUCCAUCGCCAACGUAUGCGCCUCUAUGAACCGGAAUAUCCUGGCUGGUGAUGACGAUGGGAGACGGGCUCUGCCGGUUGUCAUGGAGUCCAUCGCAGCUAUGGCCAUUGACGGUAUCUUCACGGGGCAGCAGCAACAUUGGCAUAUACUAAUGAAGGGUCUUCGGGACCUUCACGAUCGUAUUGGCGGGCUCAAACCUGAAUGGGGCAGCACCCUUAACAAGAUUCGCAAAGCUGACGUCAAGGGUGCCGUCUACACCGGCACUUCGCCCUAUCUUGAGUUUGAAAAGUUUUUCCCUUCGGUCUCUGACAGCCUCCCUGCUCAGUUACGUGCCGAGGUCACGAGCAACAUGCGCACCUGCCUGCAGGGCUCGCGGAUCUCCCAGCUCAACGUCGAUUCUUUCCAGGCUCUUGCCCUGUUCACACAAGCCGUGGUCCACGCUAGACAGGCAUCCAACAAGGAUUCCUCCUUUGCCCUCGACUUCCAAGGCUUCGCCGAGGACUGCCUGCGAGUAGAAUACCAAGUCGCCCGGUACCCGAGAUCUUUACGUGACGAUAUCGCCCGGGCUGACCAAGCUUUUGCAGCUUUGGGAGUCUCGGAGCUGAAUCUGGACAUGAUCACUAGAGGCCGAGCGCACAGCCCGAGUCCCUUAACGCCGGAGACCACCGACCCUGAGAGAAAUCUCUUGAACGCUGUUCUUCGAUCGGCUGCGCUGCUCUACAUCGAAGACCUUCUUCCUGACAGCCACUCCGUCGAUCUUUGCACAAUCCUCUUACAGGCCCUCAGUCACCAACUGGGCAACAUCGUCCUCGCAAUGGGCCACCGCCUUACUUCACCCGAGUCGACCCCAGCUGUAAAUAGGGUCCUACCCAGCCUUGAAGCCAUGCGCCCCGUGUUACUAUGGUCAUGUAUGGUCGGCUACGCCCUAACCCAAUUUCUUAUUCAAACACGAUCGGCAACCCUGGAUCGCUCGCCAUUUGAGCACUGCGUCGGCCUUCUGCUUCUAGGGCCAGGCGCACCCAAGGGAGGCUUGUCAGAAAAAGACAUGAAGCUCGGCGAGAUUCUCCCCGUGCGAGCGAUUCGAUCCGUUAGCUCUGAUGAAGGCACGUUGCUGCGACAAAUGGUGGCAGGGUAUGAAGCGAAGCAGCUCAGGGGCAAGCAACCCUGA